UGUAUAGGGGCGGGCGUGCGUCUGUGUGCCUGCCCUGCCCUGCGCCUCGCCUCCGCCACACCCUCUCUGCACAAUGUCAAGGAAAUCCGGCUCCCGCUCUUCCUCCCGCCGCUCUAAGAAGUCCGGCGGGGGAAGCAAUGUGUUCGAUAUGUUCACCCAACGCCAAGUCGCGGAGUUUAAGGAGGGUUUCCAGCUGAUGGACCGCGACAAGGACGGUGUGAUUGGGAAGAACGAUUUGCGCGGGACCUUUGACGAGAUCGGGCGCAUCUGCAACGACCAAGAGCUGGAUGAGAUGCUUGCCGACGCCCCUGGACCUAUUAACUUCACAAUGCUGCUUAACAUGUUCGCCGAGAGGUCCACUGGUGAGGCUGACGACGACGAUGUGGUGGCCAAGGCGUUCCUGGCGUUCAGUGACGAGGAAGGGAAUAUUGACUGCGAUGUGUUCCGCCACGCCCUCAUGACCUGGGGCGAUAUUUUCUCCGCCCAGGAAGCUGAUGACGCCCUUGACCAAAUGGAUGUGGAUGAGGAGGGGAAGAUUGACGCCCAUAGCAUUAUCCAGAUGUUGACUGCCGGUGCUAGUGACGAUGCUGCUGCAGAAGAGGAGGCGGCGGCUUAAAACUUUACCAUCCUCCUCCUUCCUCCUCCUCCUUCUUCUUCUUCUUCCUUUUCUCUCAGCACUGUUCUCCCUCCCAAGCGUUGUGGUUUAAAAAAGACACUUGUUUUUCACUGUUAUCAAUGUUAUCACUGCCACUGGUGAAGCGUGCAGGCCUCCACCACCACCACCACCACAGCCACCGCCACAGCCGCCACCACCACCGCCGCCAUCGCCAGAAUGUGUUACGAAUGUGGAAGUUCUUGAAAUAAAGUGAAUUUUGGAGCAAA